UACGCAUUCUCGUGUCCAUUGCGGCUCUCGAUGCCAGGUGUUGCGUGGAAUUAGCGUAGCCUUGAUGAAUGAUGAAUGUCUUGAUUGUUGUCUUCUCAAGUCUCCAGCGAGCUGACGGCUCCGUCAACGAGCCUUAUGUACAGCUCAUGGUAGAGGUAGCUGCUUCCCUCAACGGGAAAACCCCGUGUCACCAGGAGAGUGCGGCCCGGGACCGUGCGAUCAUGGAAACUUGGUGACCUGAUGAGGGAGGCACAAUGGUCUUGUUGUCAACAGGAGCUUCAGUCCCGGUUGAUCUUCUCAACCGCCUCCUCAUCUACCUGUAGAGGUAGCGCCCAUGGA